AAUUCGCGCCUUCUUAUAUGUCGCUGGUUGUCAUAAAUUAUCUACGUCAUCUCCAGAUGUUUGUAGAUGAGAUUUUUAUAAGUGGUUUUGGAGAAGCUUUAAUUUUGUUCUGUUUUGUCUAAUUUGUAUAAAUUGAGGUUAAUUUAGAUCAUAGAAAUGACUCUGAUCGAAGGCGUAGGAGAUGAAGUAACAGAUUUUUGUAUUGUUGUGGUUGUACUGUUAGUAGGAUGGCUUGCCUGGUAUUCCACAAGUAUUACAGAUCAACCAUUAAUACGCACAGUACUUGUAAUACAUCGAACACGCACACGUCUUGCUGAACUUAGAGCUACUCAUCAAAAUGCAAGCUCGUUUAUACGACCUCCAAAUUUGGAGGUAACCGAAGAAGAAACUAUAGAACCAAUUACAGAUGAUAGUAAUAGCACUUCACAAAGUUGUCCUGAACCAUCUAAUGCAGAUACGGAUGGAGAAAUUUCUCCUGACACACAUAGAAUGUCUGAAGCAACAGCUACAGAGGAAGUACUUAUUGAAGCUAUGGAUUCAUUUAAUGAUAGUGCAACAAAGUUGCAAAAACAAACCAAAAUAAACCCUCCUGAAGAGACAAGUAUAUCAACAUCAACGUGUAAUGAACCCAUGGAACAUGAAUGUGAAAAUGUUUUAGACACUGAUGCUAAUGAAAUUAGUAUAAAACUAAAGUUUAUAAACGAUGAUCAAAAAAUAGUUACUGGUAGCCUGAAAGAAUUAGUUGGGGAUUUUAAAAGGAGACAUUUCCAAACAGAACUUGAUGCACAAAAAUUAGUGCGUCUAAUUUUUAAUGGUCAAGUAUUGUAUCCUGAUGAUCAAACAUUGGAAAAAUGUGGCUUGUAUAACAAUUGUGUAGUUCAUUGUUUGAUUCAUCAACCACGACCAAAUCCUGUACCAUCUCAAGCAUCAACAUUAGAUAAUUCGUCGUCAAUGUAUUUUAAUCCUCAAUCAUUUCCUGAGAUUCCUGUUGGUACAGGAAUUAGUUCAGUACAUAACGAAUGGGAUUUGAGUAGACCAUUAGUGAUCAUUUUGACUGUCAUGUUAGGUUUUGCUUGGUAUUCCCGAUAUCAUUAUGCUCAAUUUUUUACUGCGAGUACUACGCUCGCAUUGUACGCCCUCACUGCAAUUUUCGCAAUGUCAGUAGCUUUAAUAUUAUGUCAUUAGUUAGUAAUAUCUUUCUCAAUCAAGACAAGAGAAAUAUUGCGUGAACUUUUAAGAAAGAAACUGAUCAAGAUAUUACUUUGGAACAUGAUUUUGUAAACGUCGAUAUGUAUGUUUUAGUGUAACAUCAUUUGAACACAUUGGUUCCUGACAUCAAGGAGAACAUGAAGAGUUAUUGUGAUUUUUAACAAUGUAUAAAAGAAUUCACAUGAAUAAGAGCUGAAGUAUACUUAGAUAGUAUGGUUGCAUUUCAAAUUUGAUGUUGAAUUGAAAUUUAUGUGCAUUAAGCUCAAUGUUUUUAUUUAUAUAUUUAAUUUAAUAAGAAAAUUUCUUUGGGUUUAUAUAAAAUAUUACAAUUAUAAAUGGAAACAUAUAUAACAUUAAAUAAAUUUGGACGAUUAGUAUUUUACUAACUAGCCAAUACCUGUUCAUUUAAAUAUAUAUAUUUAUGAAAUUAAUUUUCGAUAAAUGUUAUUGAACUGUUGAAUUAGUCAUAAUAAAUAUUAUAAACGAUAA